AUGUCUAUGCUAUCAAUUCACCUGGAGCAAAUAGCUCUGUCGUGCGAAGGCAUCGACUCUCUCCCAUUCCCACCUCCCAAAAUCUUUACAAACGCUAUGCUUUACAACAGCGACAUCACCUCUCUGAUCCGCGACACCGAAGCCCACGAACGUGCCCUCUUCUCCGUCCCACCUCCCCCAGCUCCCGCCACCUCCCAGAACCCAGACCCGAAGCCCAACAACCGCCGCCAGACCGUCUUCAACGUCGCUUCGGGUGAGGUCACGACUGGCCCCCCGGCAACCCGUGGAGGUGGCGGCGGCGGGCCUCGUAGACACACCGCCGUAUCUGCCGUUUUGGGAGGCGAUCUGCACGACCAGCUACGCCGCGGCGAGCGUCAGGCAGCUAGCAAGGGCGGUGACGUCGACGUCGAGGUCUUGCUGAAGGGAGCGACGAAGCUCUGUGGUGUUUACGCACUGCCCGGAGCUCUGGAGAGAAUCCCACAGCUGAGGAACCGUUACGCACACCAGACGAACACGCUGGCAUACUACGAAGCCAAGGUCGCCGAGCACCAGGCCGCGCUGGAGAGGAUGAACAAGGACCACUGGAUGGGCGACGAGGAGGAGCCAGAAGACGACGACGAAGAAGAAGACGAGGACAUGAUGACCGAAGAGGAAUACCGGGCCGAGGAAGAGCUAGUGCGCGACCUCGACAGGAAGAAGCGCGAGCUGCAGCAGCGGCUGCGCGCGAUGGACAAGGACUUGGGCGGGCUGUUGAACAUGUGA